CUGCUCAGUGAAGAGUUCUGUUGGGUUGGUUGACUGGUUUCCAUAGCAACACAACACAACAUGGAGUUCCUGCACUGGAGUUGUCAGGAUGUGGCGCACUGGAUCGAGUCUAUCGGAUUCCCCCAGUAUAAGGCGUGUUUCACUGAGAACUUCAUCACAGGCAGAAAACUGAUCCAUGUCAGCUGCAUCACCCUGCCACGGCUGGGAAUCACCGACUUCCAGCAUAUGAAGACUAUCUCAGCUCGGGUCGGAGAACUGCUCAGGGUCUCUGAGCCGCGCUGGAGUCGGAGCAUUGCGGAUCCCCCUCAUGAUGACCUGACAGGUUUCCUGAAGAUGAAGAGCAGGACCGGCCAGAAGACAGAUUCGCUCACAUAUGAGCAGUUCCUCAUUAACAAGAGCAAAUAAACCCGCUUCAAUCAA